GAAUAAUAUGAAUGAGUGGGAGUGAUAAUGGAAAAGAUUCCGGACCAAGUUGGAUUCUUGGUAUUGACAGAGGACGGAGCAGUCCUUGAGUCUGGCGGUGAGCUAGAGAACGACGAACGUGUGGCCACAAUAAUAACCGAUCUCAUCACUCUAUCUAACAGAGUCGAUCCCGUAGCUUUUACCACUAAUGAACAGUUCAAGAAAAUUUCAAUAACAUACGACGACCACUGGUUUACGAUCUGCUUAUCUAACAAGAAAAUUUACGUUGUGAAGAGAAAUCUACCUAAAUCGGAAAUUGUGGAAGGAAAUACUGUGAAUGUCUGAAGAUAAAUU